ACAAGUUUUUGUCUUCGGUUCGCUCCUCGUAAAGCUGUCCCGUCGCUUGUUCCCCUUCUCUUCCUCAUCCCUCGUCGUAUCUCACGAUCCGGUAGUUCGUGAGACCGGGAUCUCGCGAACAAAAGAAAACCUCCAACUCAGGACGACUAUUCCCUUCCACGACCGGAAGUCGCCUUUGCGGCUUAACCAUAAUGCGCUUGAACGGUGCCUCGUGGCCGGAGUGAAAAAGUCGCGAAAACCACGGCCCCUGGAGCAGCAGCCGCACCUCCAGAUUCCAACCGGUACCAACACAGAUAAGUUGAAGAAUUCCCGCAGGCACGUACGUAUAGUCCUCGAAGCCGCAUACCUCCUGAGAGACCUGGGAAAAAGAGAGAAGGGAAGGAGAAAGACAGAGAGAAGAAAAGGAGGAGUGAGAGAGAGCACGAGUGGUAGCCAGGUAGAGGUAGUGGUAGACUCUAAAGGUAAACUAGAGAGGAGGAACUCGACCCCAGUCAGGCAGGUAGAAGGGGCUAGCUAGAUGGAAAGGAGGCGGCCAUAAUGGCUUGACGUGAUCUCCUCGAGGCGGCUACAGCUGCUGCGAAACCGAAUCUAGAACUCCUUGACUAGUUUUGCAAUCAUAACGUAUAUCGACGCAACCUAAUGUUGCACUUAACGUUUCAUGACAGUUCCCUAAAAAGUUCUCUCAGACCUUGUGAUAUUUGUGAUAUCCACGUGAGUGUCUCUCAGAAUUUGCAGUGUAUCCCUGAAGAUCAGUGUCAUCAGUGUUAAAUUUCUGUGCCUCGAAAACCGAGUGAAAUCGCCGCGUAUGUUAUCCCUAGUGUUCGGAAUACCGUUCGGAGUGUUGAUAGAAGAGUAGGUGAGGCAAACAAGUCGUGACCAGUUCAACGGUCGUUGAAGAAAAAAGAUGAGAGGGGCAAAUCACGACUCUGCGACGCCGUACUGUCGCUGCAGAGUUCUCUACCUGGGGAGUUCGGUACCACAUGCUAGCAAAGAGGGUCUUCUAGGUGUCCAGGAACCUCUCCGAGAGCUCUACCCCGAGCAGGGAGCUCUCGGAGCCCGCGGGAUAGAUUCCUGGUUGAGCGUCUGGAGCAACGGCCUCCUGCUGGAGAACGUCGACGAGCACCGCAAGAAGGUCACCAGGUUCUUCCCCAUAGAGGCUCUGCACUAUUGCGCGGCCGUGCGUCACGUGAAAGGUGGAAAUGGAGACACCUCAGCUACGAGAUUCCUGCCCCUGGACUCUCCCUUCGCCAGGACACCUAGUGCCAAUCAUCCACCGUUAUUCGCCGCAGUUUUGAGGCGAACAACUGGUAUCAAAGUCCUGGAAUGCCACGCUUUCAUCUGCAAGCGCGACAUGGCUGCCAAUGCUCUGGUGAGGUGUUGUUUCCACGCCUACGCUGACAGUAGCUACGCCAAGGGUGCUGACCCUGCUACUACGAAUUCCAAUUCCCAUUCAAAUGGAGUCAUCGUUCCCCAACAAACUGGAAGUCUCUACCAUACUCUUGGGGGAUCCAGUACCACCUUGGACAGUCCGCCUAUCACGAGGUUCGAUGCAGCAUCCACUGAUAACUUGAGCAUAUAUAACGGCGAUGAGAACCACAAAGUCUGGGCCAGGAGUAGAGAUGAUAUCGACGGUGUUUAUCAGGAACAGGGUACCCUCAGGAGCAUCAAGGGAUCCAGACCUCGUCAACUUGUGGCGCCACCACCACCACCACCGCCGCCACCUCCGGCUCAACCUUUGAUGCUUGAGGACUCUGCUUCAUCUUCAAGGAGAAAGGCGAACAAAAAGCUCAAGAAGCUCAAGAGAGGUAUGCAUGAGGACCCAAUGCAACACCACCACCAUCAUCAGAUGCACGCUCAGCCUCUCUAUACUAACGGUCACGGGCAUCACACACUGGGUCAUCCAAUCAGGCAGCAGCACUAUCAUCCGCAUCAACUUCCGCCCAGCAGCCGGUCCAUAGCCGGAACUCUGGCGAGACCAGCACCCGUUCUUCUGGUACCGGCAGCUACUUUACCCAGGAAGGCUCAUCACCAUCCUCGGGGUCUGAGGGCCAUCCCAGCAGCCGCCCCCGUGGUACCAAUAUAUGCACCUCUCCCAGUGGUUCCUCCACCUCCGAAAACCAUUUACACCGCAGGGAAUUACGGGACUGCCGGAAAUCGAAGUAGGAGACAUCCGGAAGUGGAAAGCUCGACGUUGAGUAAUUCGAGGAGACUCGCAGCUUCCCACGCUGAUCUCACGGCUCCGGAACCUCGACCUUCGGAGAGUCCAGAGAAUGAGUCAAGAUUUGGUACUGGGAUUUACCGGAGGAAGGGGCACUUGAAUGAAAGGGCCUUCUCAUACAGUAUCAGGGCUGAGCAUCGUAGCAGGAGCCAUGGGAGUCUAGCUUCUUUGGGCUUCAGCGCUCAGAAUGGAAAUGCUGUACCCAAAGGAAAGAAAGAGAAGGAGAUCGAGCAGUUAGUUGCGGGGCUUAGUCUGGAUGAUGCCCUUGAAAAUGGACACCAAUAUCCUCCUGGACCACACAUCAGGCAGGCAAAUUCACACUACAAUCAUCAUCAGCAACAUCAAUCCCCUCAGCCUCUCCCGAGGCCUCGGCCCCGUUAGGAUUAAUCUUUUUUUGUAGGUUUGCGGGGCGUGUUUACCUCUUGAUUGAAGUACUCAUACCUGGUGCGGAAAAAUUAUUUUAUUAAAACUCUUGCUAUUUUUUUUAUACAUAAUUAGGAACCUAGGGUUUCUAUUUUAUCUGGCAGUCUUUCAAAUGAUUGCAAAAUAAAUACUAAUGAUAAUAAUCUUUUAGUUUAUUUGCAGCUGUUUGUAAUAUAAUUAUUUUAAAUCUUUUAGUAGCUUUUACUAUUGUAAAUUGGCCUGUUACUGGCUCCUUUCCGACAAUUGGUACCACCAGUCUAUAUAUAUAUAUAUAUAUAUAUAUAUAGAUUCAAAAGUCUUAUUCAAAUUAAAUGUUUACUUUCUUUGAACCUGGUAAAUUUUCUUCAUUAACGGAAAUAAACCAUUAGUUUUUUGGGCUAAAUUGGCAAUUGAACAUUUGAUUCUUUUUUAAUAAAUUGCCAAUUUUGGUCCCUAACUAUUUAUUUCAAAAUAAAAUAAAAGAGUUGUUUUCUCAUUAAGAGCGAAAAUAAUGAGUACGAAAGGUAUAAUUAGAAACUAUUUUGAGACCACUCUAAUUUAGGCUUACAAGUGUCGUUAGAGAAUUUCUGGUGGUUGAUGUUCUUAAAGCGUGCAAUUUUACCUUCCAGCAAUUUGUCCCUUUUUCGUGAGACGCAUGGAAUGGAAAAAUUUUCAUCUAUCUCAAUUUUAUUGUCUUCGUUUAAUUUUCUCAAAAAAUUUUAAAGUGUGAGCAUUUUUUCUCCUACAGAAAUGCAAGGUUCUUGACCUAGAAACAAAAGAUGUUAUUAGUUUAAAAAUAUCUUUCAAGGUUUGUGACUUUAAUUAAUAUGAAAGAGUAAAUUUGUCUAGAAUAAAUGUUUGAGGCAAACCAUUUUUUAUGAAAUGAAAUUUUUCUCUGGUUGUAAUUUUUUUUAUUGCCCUAAUUCAAAUUAAUUGAUUUUUGUUAAUUUACAUUGGCCUACAAAAGAGAAACACGUAGUUAUUUAACAUGCUUCCUAGUUAAAGUCACAAAUUAUCGACUCUCGAGCGAGCUCUUGAGUAUUCUCAAACAAAAUAUAUAUCACAAGUUUCAACUGGAUCACGACUAUUUGUCUGCUAAAUGCUUUCGAGGCUACCUUUAUUCAUACUUAAAAUUAGCAUUGGUUAGAAUAAUUUGCAUCAGACUUUUGAAUUUAGAGGUUCAAAAUUUGUAUUCCUGUUGGAUAUUUUGCUACCAGAGAAUUUUCUAAAAUAACGAAUCAACAAAUUUCCUUCCUUUAUUUCUCUGGAAUUUCUUUUUUAAAAAGUAUUCUUGACACACAUUUCGAAGUCAGCAAAAUAACUUCAGUUAAGCGUAUAAAAAUAGAAAGGCCAUAAUGGAUAUUACGCCAUCAAUAGUAAGAAUCAUACGAUUUGAUGAUCAGAAGAUGAUGAGCCACAGUCAUAUUUUAUUACCCAUUCCCCCCUCCAACUAUUCAAUUUUGUCUUCAAAAUAUCGGAAUAUGCCCUUCGAUUUUUAAAGUAACUUUUACGACCUAUCUUUUACUCACCCGCAUUACCCAUGGAAUUGUCAGCAUAUAGAUACAGGCAUUGAAACUUAAAAAUCGUGGCGGAAAAAUAUUUCCUUGUGGAUCUAUCUAGUCGGCGUAGAAAAUGAGAAACGCGACCGUUAGAAUAAUUGCCAUGAUAGGAAUGCCGUUUUAUUAUCGCAACUGGAAUAAUUGUUUUUUUUUUUAACUUUUAUUAUCCCUUUAUAACAAUUAUCAUUGAGUUUGUAACAGCAAAUUUCAGUACCAGAGUAAAAAUACCAAUACAAAAAGUAUUUUAAAAAAUUAACUUACUUACUGGUAUAAAAUAUAAAUAUAUACAAGUCAUAAGCUGUAACCUGAAAGCGUAAUGGUUUGGAAAAAAUGUUAUGAAUACUGUACAUUGACAAAAAGUUGUAUAAUUAGUUGUUUUCUGGGAUUGAUGGUACCGCAUUUAAAAUUAGGGAGUCUGGUUUCAAAUCGUCCCAAAUCAAAGAGGUAAUUAAUUUAAAUACAAGUUUUAGAGAAAAUCUCUGAUCAUUCUCAUUAAUUGAAGGAGUUAAUAAAUUAAUUUUUCCCGCACUUAUUUAUGAGGUACCGACUUAAGUAAAUAUGUAAAAAUAAAUCUUCAGCAGUUAUACGUAUAAGAAGUAAGGCGAAUAUAUUAUUAGAAUUAAUUACCAAAAUAAUCGAGUCAGACUUAAAGAAAUACGCCAUUCGUUGCAGGUUUUCUUUUUUUCUUAAGAACCUGAUAAUCAACUUAGAACUCACGAGUUCAGUAAUAAUCGAUGUGCGUGAUCGACUGUACCAUGAAAAUUAUACUCACAAAUGGGCCAAAAUAUUCAUUUUUUAAUCCGAACAAUUUGUUUACCUUCAGGAAACAGUAUUUAUGUUAUUAAAUAUUUUCCAGUGUAUCACAGUGUACUAGUUUUUCAUUGAAGGAAAAACUUAAUGAGAGAUAAAGACUGUAAUCUUUUGGUCCACUUUGUUGCAAUGGAUUAUUAUAUAAUACUAACGUUACGUAUAUAAAUAACUUUUCUUAUUUUAACAAGGACCUUUCUCAUCGACACUAUAAUCUAAUACAUUAUACUUAAAAAACAUUAUAAUGGAAGCAGAGUUUACGCAACUGUGUAUUAACGUCAUUUCCUUGAAAUUGAGGAAGGUCUGCAGUUUUACAGCUUUGGUCACUUUCACCUGUAAUUUUUUCUUUACAUGGUAAAAAUGUCUUCAUCCCAGUGACGUAAACAAAGUCUUCUGAUUUUGCAAGACAAUUUUAGGAUAGUUUAAAAAAAAAUUUAAUUUAGUGUUUGCGAACUUCUCUUCCUGAUUCUAAUUACACGAUUUCCAGCGAUGAAAACGUUUCUGUGAGGAACGAAUCAAUAGAAAAAGCGUUUUGGAGAUAAUAAAAACAAGAACAAUUAUCAUGUUGAAUAACAUUAUUGUCGAUAAUAAUUGCGUUUCACAAGAGGGUCAGAAAGUGCAAUUUAAUUCGCGAGAAGCUGCGCUGUAAUUCAUUUAUGGUCAAUUUUAUCGAGUCGUUAAAACUUUUUGUUUUAUUCUUGAACUACAUAUGUGCCAAAUGAAAACUACGAAGUACGUAAUACGUCAUUUUCUUAUUCGGCCUGAAUCGCAAUGAAAGGCACGUAAUCAGAAAGUGUAGAACAUAAUGUAACUUUCACUCUGAUCGUGACAUUAAAAUUAUUGUAUGAAAUUUAUGGAAAUUCAGUGUGUCGACUCUUCAAUCAAUUUGUAGUUUUCACCGUUUUAUGGAAACAUUUUUAGUUUCUUUUAUCGUCUUUCUAUUUGAACAGGGAUUUUAGUUUUUUUGAAGUGGAGUUUUGGAAUUUAAAGCCAUUAAAAUAUGUAAGUUUAAGUCAUUGAAAUUAAAAUGAUUUUAAAAACAAACUUUCUUUAAGAAUUGAAAUUGAUAGAGGUCCGAAUUUUUGCAAUAUCGAAAAUGUCACAAUUCAACCUGUGAGUUUAUAGCAUUGGAUUUUUAAAGUUUUUAAAACUAAACGUUUUACAAUUGAAACCUUUGAAAAUUGAACAAAAACAGAUGCAUUCCAAUUUGGCUUUGAAAAGUCGAAUGGUGAAUAUUAAUUGUGUGAUUUAUAAAAAAAAAUUAUACAAAUAACAGUUUUAAAUUCAGAGUUCUUCAAGAUUUAACGAUUCAAAUGUCAAAUCGUUCAAAAUUUAACUAAAGGAUUCAAAAGCUUUAAAAUUCAAAACCGUUCGACUUUUAAACGAUUGUAUUUGAAAGCAUCCAACGUUUCAGAGCAUAGCAAUUUUAAACUAUUUAUUCAUUUUAAUCUUUAAUUUUGCAUGUAUAUUGCUUCCAGCUUGAAAUAAUACAAAAAUCUUAAGUUGAUUUGCACAUUUUUAAGUAUACGAUUUCAAAACAUUAGAUUUUAUUAAUAUAAUUUAGUUUACUUUUCAGUUCAUUUAAGGAAAGCGAAAGUCUUUGAAAUUCAAUAAUUUAACAUUUUUUAAUUUAAAAUCCUCCAAGUACAAAAUUUAAUAUAAUUAGGAAUAUCGAUAUGUUUGAAUAUUUAUAGGUACAGGAGCAUGUUAUGCAAAUGUUAAUGCUUCUGUGGGAUAAAUAUUUACACUUACAAGACAAUUAUGUUUUGUAAAGAAAUUGAAGAUAUUCUUAAAUUUUUAACUAUUGAUUGAAGUAGUUCUGAUUGAAAGGCUUUCAAAAUUACAAAACCCAAAAGACUACAAGUUGUGGGGCAUACAAUUGUAAAUGCUGCAAAUUUUGUAAAAUUAAAUCGACACUUCAAAAGUGAACAGUCCAAAGAAAAGAAGGUGUCAUUUUUAUAAAAUUAUAUUUCCAUCCAUUGUUUAUUAUUUUUAUAAAUGAUCGCCCUGGUUAAACAAUGCUUUUAUCGGUUAUACUCUGAUGAGAGUCGUCAAAUGUACCUAAAUUUCGAUCCCGUUUUCCGCUGGGAAUACUCAAAACAGAAUUUCGAAAGUUUUUUUUCUGUCCGUUAUUUUUUUAUAUAUGACAAUGAGUCAUAAUCUCUGAAAUGAUCAUGUGUCUUCUGCAAUUGCGUAAUCUUGUGCAUCAAAUUACGUUACCAGAUAGGAUGAUUGUUUUGCAACUGCAGCGUAUAUACGUACUAAGACAUUCAUUAGGAUUUCUUUUAUUAUAAAAAAAAGAAAAAAUGAGAUGACGGAGUGAGAUAGGAAAUGUGUAAUAACAAUAGGAAUGUGCCAUGGAAUAAGCGAAGAAGACUUAAAUGUAUACAUAUCUUUAAUACGCAUAUAUGCGGAUUAUGUACGUGUGACUGGAUGAAAAGAAUGAAGCGAAGAUGAUAGAGGCAAACUUUCUCCUUUCAAUAUAUCCUGACGCACAGGUGCCUGUUAUGAUGAGUCCUCUAAAAAUUCCUUUUUAAUUAUUUUCUUAGAGAAAGGAGACAUUCUCGUUUCUCGAGUGGCGUAACCCAUCUCAGAUGCUUAGGCGUUUGCUAUUUUUCCAAAUGGUUAUUGAAAAAAAUGCAAGUUACAAUAACCAUCCAGAUUGAAAAAAGUGGUCCUGAGGCAAUAUAGACUUUUCAAAGCUUGAAAUAAUAUUUUAAGGAUAGUGUCUAUAUUUAAACAUGGAUUUAAAAUAUGAAUUUUUUACGGUUCAUCUUCAAUUUUCAUCCGAGCCAUAAAUUUACAAAUCUGGGAGCUAAUAUAAUAGUAUUAUGAAUUUGUUAAAAAUUGAAGAUUUGUAGAAAAUUCAAAGAAAGAAUUCCACUCUCAAGAUUUUUGAAAAAUAUAUUUAGGAAUUUUGAUCUUGAUCGAGGACCUUGGAAAUUGUAAAUUUGUAUUUUCAUUUAAUUGUGAGGAAUUUGUGAAAAUUUAUUCCAAUUUUCAUCCUUCACACGUAUUUUAAUGAGUAAUAUUUCAUAAAGAAAGGUAUAGAUAUAUAUAAAUAAAAAGCAAUGACGCGUAUAUGUGAAUAUAUUGUAAAGGUCUUUGUGCAAGUAAUAAAUACAUCCAUGUAUAUAAUUAAAUUUAAA